GGUGUGCAGGCCGGGCAUCUCCUGGCUGUCGGGACUGCCCCUAAAGCUGGCGAAGGCGGCUCGGCUAUCCAAGCGGCCGCGGUAUCUGCACCGGCGGCCCGGCAGAUGCCGGCAGCGAGAUCGGGAGCUAUGUGCAGAUCUCACUAUGCAUCAGAAAAAUGAAAAAACAGAGGAAAAUUCUAUGGAGAAAAGGAAUUCAGUUAGCCUUUUCUGAAAAAUGGAAUACUGGGUUUGGAGGCUUUGAGAAGUUUUAUUUUCACCAACAUUUGUGCAUUGUGAAAGCCAAGUCGGGAAGGCCAGUUACUUGGAGCAGGCCAUUGGGGCAUUUCCAGUACAGAAAGAAGGCCCUUCACAUCCAGAAAACGUGGGCCCAGGAUGAACCUCUUUUUGCUAAGACUGAGUUCAGUGUGGCUGCUCAAAAUGGUAGUACUUUGUCCUUAAAAGUGAAAAGAAAAAACACUAAACACAUUUUUCCCUGCUCAAAAACCCUCCUGAAACUCCAGACAAAGAGGUUUCUGGCAUUAGCAAAGAACUGUGACCAUGAAUACUGUGGAGAGAAAAGUCUCUUAAAGGCAGUUGCUGACGUACCAGCUAAUAGUACUUUAGGUCAGACCAAUGGUCACAGACCUAGGUCAGAGCCACAGACUUCUAACCUCCCCAUGAAGUUCAAUGGGGAGAACCAAAGCCUAGGUGAGAGUGGCACGAUUGUGGUCACUCUGAGCAACCAUAAGAAAAAGCGCUUUUGUUAUGGCUGCUACCAAGGACUAGAGCACCACAAGAAUGGGGGAUCCCUGAUUCCAAAAAGGCUCCAACUUAACCAACAUAAAAGAAUAAAGUUAUCCCCUUUUAUGAUGUAUGAAAAAUUAUCCAUGAUUAGAUUUCGGUACAGAAUUCUCAGAUCCCAGCACUUCAGAACAAAAAGCAAAGUUUGCAAGCUAAAAAAAGCCCAGCGGAGCGGGGUGCAGAUUACUGGGAACCAUCAAGAGACCCCUGGGGAGAACGGUGAAGUUAGUGGUUCCAACCCAGUCCAUUCUCCAGACCCUAAAGACCCUUCUUGUCAACAUCAGCCACAUUUCCCAGAUAUGGACAGCAAUGCUCUGAUGAAGGGAAAGAACUCUCAGAUGCUUGAUGGCCUCACUAAAGGAAGCCCUUUCUUGGACAAGGACCAUAGCUUAGAUGAAGCGUUUCCUGACCAACAGAAUGGCAGUGUCACACAUACCUGGCACCAGUCACCCUGUUCCUCUCCUAAGUGGAAGUGUACAGAGCUGACACAUGACAAUCCCUUACCAGAACAUCAUUCUAUCAUGGAAACUGAAAGAGAAGUUUUGACUCCAGGUCAGGAAAAUCAGAGAAGUACUGUUAAUGAGGACAGAGUAGAACCAUCUAUGUCUGGGGCAGAUCAGCCUGUGAGUAGUGUAAAUGGGCCUGUGACUGAAGAGACUGUUGAGAAUGAGAGCUCAUGCCGGAUGGAUGAGGAUGGAUCUCUCAAGCAGAACAUUCUUAGUUCUAAGUUGCUGGACCACCCUUACUGUAAAAGUCCACUAGAGGCUCCUCUGAUGAGCAGUGAACUCAAGCAGGAAAAUCCAGUGGGAGGUGGGAAGAACCGUCAGAAUGCUUCUCCAGUGGAUGAUGAGCAGCUGUCAGUCUGCCUUUCUGGAUUCUUAGAUGAAGUUAUGAAGAAGUAUGGCAGUUUGGUCCCACUCAGUGAAAAAGAUGUACUUGGAAGAUUAAAAGAUGUCUUUAAUGAAGAUUUUUCUAAUAGAAAACCAUUUAUCAAUAGAGAAAUAACAAACUAUAGGGCGAGGCAUCAGAAAUGCAACUUCCGUGUCUUCUACAAUAAGCACAUGCUGGAUAUGGAUGAUCUGGCAACCCUGGAUGGUCAGAAUUGGCUGAAUGACCAGGUUAUUAAUAUGUAUGGUGAGCUGAUCAUGGAUGCAGUUCCAGACAAAGUUCACUUCUUCAACAGCUUUUUUCAUAGACAGCUGGUAACCAAAGGAUAUAAUGGAGUAAAAAGAUGGACUAAAAAGGUGGAUUUGUUUAAAAAGAGUCUUCUAUUGAUUCCAAUUCACCUGGAAGUCCACUGGUCUCUCAUUACUGUGACACUCUCUAAUAGAAUUAUUUCAUUUUAUGAUUCCCAAGGCAUUCAUUUUAAAUUUUGUGUAGAGAAUAUAAGAAAGUAUUUGCUGACUGAAGCCAGAGAAAAAAAUAGACCUGAAUUUCUUCAGGGUUGGCAGACUGCUGUUACAAAGUGUAUUCCGCAACAGAAAAAUGACAGUGACUGUGGAGUCUUUGUGCUCCAGUACUGCAAGUGCCUCGCCUUAGACCAGCCUUUCCAGUUUUCCCAAGAAGACAUGCCCCGAGUGCGGAAGAGAAUUUAUAAGGAGCUUUGUGAGUGUCGACUCAUGGACUGAAACUCAUCAGGGACUCUGGGAAAGUCUGACCAAGUUGGAGCAGAUGGUUUAUUACUUGAAUCUCCAAACACUUAUUUGAAUUUUUACAGAUAUUUCAGAUCAGUGGUAUUGGGCCACUAUUGUUACCUCAGUCUUGAUAUUAUUCUUGCCCUAUUCAUUUCUCUAACUACCAUGUGCUAUUUUUAAUGUUCAGUUUGGUUUCAUUUUUAAUUUUAUGAAUUCUGUGUGUCUCCCUCAUAUUUAAUAUUUAUUAUUAUCCAAACGCAUGCAAAUAAAGAGCAUGCAGAGUAUUAAAAAAAAAAAGCCUAAUAGAUUUGGUGCAGCUUCUGAAAUUUAGUUAAAAGUGAACUGAAUACAGGUUUAAAAUUUAAUCCCAGAACCUAAAAAUGCAGGAUGUUUUUUGAUACAGUUAAGACUCUGAGAACAGAUAUUCCAUGGGGCAGAAAGGGUUAGUAGUUUGUUUUUGACAAAACCAGUCCUGUUUUACUUUUAUCAACAGUACCUUUUACUGACUUUUCUUCUCCACUGAUGUUUGGAGAGUGAGAUGUGUUCCGCUUUUGAGGGUGGGAAGGAAAUAGCUGUAAACUGACCAUUGUGUUGGAUUUAUAGAGGCCCACUUAUGAGCACAGUGCUUGCUAUGGAAGAAUUGAUUAUGGUAUGAGAAAGAUACCAUAAAACACAAGAAAUUUCCAUCUUGCUUUUAAGGAAGAGGAUAACAAACAUCUAAAUCUUAUAAAAAACCUUUUGCUGGGACAUUGAAUUCCCUGAAAAUUUCUGGCUUUGACACAUUAAAAAAUAAUGGUCAGGUGAGAAUUCAGCAUAAAAGUAAUUUGCAAGUUGUCAGGCUACCUUGUGAUAUUAAUCAUGUAGAGGAAAUUAAGAUUUAUAAAAUACCUCCCAUUUCAGGGGUAUUUAAGUAAGAUGUUAGUAUUCAGAACUGAAGACUGACUUUAAGCCUUGUGCAGAUGAGGACAGAAGAGUAGGUAAUAAAAAAAGGACUUGACUUCAUAGGAGUAUAAGCUAAUGAAACUGUUCCUGCCCCUGCCACCCCCCAUCUCAUUAGUGAUCUCACCAAGAUGCAGGUCUUCUCUUUUAGUUUAUCCUUGUCCAGCCGUGAGACGCUUGUACUUCUAAAAAUCUUGUCUUCUGGGGAAAGGCAGAAAUGGUCCUGUCCUUACAUUUACCUGCAUUAGGACUGGAGUAAUGUAUCUUGCAUCUUUAAUUUAGCCUUUUGUGAUAUUUAAAAACUGAACUAAGAGAAAUGCAUGUUAAACCUUAAUUUAUUUUUCCUGAGAUGGGGCAGGAAAAACAAAUGUGUAUGUAAGAAGCUCAGAAACUGAUACAGAAAAAGAAAUGGCAGCAGACACUUGGAUUUAUGCCCAGUUUGGUAUGGGGUAUUGAAAUAAAAAGCUGAAGUGUGCAGUUUAACUUGACCAUCAGGCUGAUUGCCGGCAGUUGAGAGUAGAGUCAGAACAUGUUUACAUGUAGGGUUCCUAUCCCCAGACAUUCCAGCAGCCACUCCAGUGUUUACAUUGCAAUAGCCCCAGCACUUUCCUUUAGAAUCUCAGACUCCAUAGUUUUUGUUUGUUUGUUUGUUUUUAAAUCCAGGUCAGUAUUUCUUCCUGUGUGCUUCAAGUCUUUAAACCAGACUGAGAUCAGAGGCACUUUAUGCUGCUACAGGGUUGUGCCAGCAUUGGGAAGGAUGUCUUAAGGUUUUCAAGCAUAAUAUACAAACAUGAGGGUCCCCCCCCCCUUUGUAUUUAUAAAAGUGGCCAGUAACUAGACUUAUCAGUUCAAAAAUUUAUGUUUCACAUUUUCCUCCCUUAAUGAGAGAACAAGGCAUGCAAAAGAGGUAGAAAUAAUUAUGUUUAGGUAACCAAAGGCUUGAGCUAUUUCUCACAAUCUGAAGAAAAGCCCUCUUCUUAGCACUGAGACAUGGAGGGCUGAGUGGAGAGAAUCUUAAAUGAGCAGCACGAGUCCAAUAGAUUUCCUUUCACCUCCAGCUUAUUAGAGCAGCCUGAUGUGCUCGGUUCUCCAGUUUAGCAAAAUGCUGGAUAUCAGAAGUCUUAAAUUGUCUUUCAGUGAAACUGGGUUUUAGUACAGUCACUUUUUGGCACCUCUUGUGAUUUAGUUUUACACGUCUGUUUAGCCGAGGUCCUGCAUUAGAAUAGUCACUAUCCUGAUGUUUGCAGUAACUGCUUUCUUGCCACAAAGACAUUUUGGGAUUAUAGACUAUGCUAGUGAUAGAAGAGAUAAACAUUGUUUAUCAGCAGCUUGACACUGAACUUGUUUGGGUGUCCACGGGUGGGCAGAUCUAUUUUGAGUGCAGACUUGUAUAAACUGAAAGCUACUUAGAUGUGCCUUCAACAAGCUCUAGUCCUCCCUCACCCAUCAACAAACUUACUAGGCUAUAGUUGCUUUUUUUUUUCUUCCCCUCUUUUUUUUGGGGGGGGGGGAUUAUUCGGUGGUGUUGGGAUCAAAGCUAGGACCUCAUGCUUUGUGAAUUACUGUACUCAACCACUAACCUGCAUCCCUAGCCUUUUAUUUGCUUCUUUCCAGUGAUAUUUAUCCCUUUUGUUAAAUCUAAAUGAAUGUAGACUUAAUCCACCUUCAUUUCUCUAUAAAGAAUUGUAGAGAACCACCCUUUCCUCAAGGAUAUAACAAUGAAACCUAGACAGUUUUUCUUUGCUUUAAUACUGUAUUUUCCACUUAACAUUGAACACAAGUCAACACCGAUCAUCUUGAGUUCAAAGCUAAAACAAACAGACCUACUGGGACAUUAGCCAGCAUAAGUUUUAAGUUGAGCUGCCUGUUUCCAUUGCAGUUGUGCUUUCCUAGGUCAGAACAUGUAACUGGGGGCUCCACAGGCUCAGACCCUUUAGGUAGAAACUGUUACUUGUGUGAAUUAGAUUCCUGCUCUGCUUAAUUAAGAAAAUGAUCAGCAGUUAUGUGCACAUACUUUUGUUAUGUGCUCGGUCCUGCCUUCUGACCUGCAGAUGCCAUCAGAGAAGUGCUAAUUGUAUUUGGGUAUUACAAAAGCAAGCUGUACACUGAAAUGGUACCUUUUGGCCAGAAAAAGAAUUUAUUUAAAGAUUGUGAUCAUGUAAAAACUACUCAAACCUUCUAGCAAAAAUAUUUUUUUGAAAAAUAAACUAAAUGCUUUAUAAACGUGUUCUCAUGUACUGACUACUACUAAGUGGUGAGUAAUGGUUCCCAGUCAAAAAGGCUUAGAAAAAGCAACAAAGGUGGGGGUCGGGCAGUAGCGCAGCAGGUUAAGCGCACGUGGUGCAAAGCGCAUGGACAGAGAGGUAAGGAUCCCAGUUCGAGCCCCCAGCUCCCCACCUGCAAGGGAGUCCCUUCACCUGCGGUGAAGCAGGUCUGCAAGUGUAUCUUUUUCUCCACCACCCCAUCUUCCCCAUCUCUCUGUCCUAUCCUACGACACCGACAUCAAUAACAACUACAAUAAAACAAGGGCAAAAAAAGCAAAGGAUGCUGGGCGGUGCACACCCAGUUAAACACACAUUACCAUGCACAAGGACCUGGGUUUGAGUCCCUGCUGUCCACUUGCAGGGGGGUGGUUCCAGGAGCUGUGAAUAAGGCCUGCGGGUGUCUUUCUCCCUAUCUCCCCACCCCUUCUGAAUUUCUGUCCUAUGAAAACAGGAGGCAGGUAGGGAGCCAAGGAA